AUGAUCAGUCGACUAAUACACAGUAAACACUACCUCACUCUUUUUAGACAAAACUCAAGUAUAGCAAUACCUCUACUAUACAGCCUCGAACUCCGAUGUCGAUCUUGUGGAAUCAAAGUACAGGACAAAAACAAAGACGAACCAGGCUACUAUAUAAAGCCAGUGAAACUCUUAAAUGACUCCAAAACUUUUAGUGAACAAACACAGAAACUGGGUCUAGUUGUAGCAGCAGAUGCUCCAAAUAUUCUGCAAAAUCCCAUCAAAAAGCGACCUCUGGAUGAAGCUUAUGACAAACUCAUAUCCAAGAUGUCGCAAUCGGAUAAAGAUCUCCUCAUCAAUGACUUUACUCUGUUUGGUCAACCCAAAUAUAAAGACUCGAAAGAAUUGGAAACAAUACCCAAAAACGAUAAAGGAGAAACAGUUAAGGAAGUAGUGAACAAGAUCUACACUGUAAAGCCAGACGAAACAAGUGUCGAGUGCAUGAGAUGCCGAAAUAUCCAAUACCAAUCUUCCUACAAGAUGACUGAUGAAAACUUUCCCAUUUCGGAAAUGGAACAAGUAUUGCAAAAUCUCCCUAGAGCAUCAACAGCACCUUUGGUUUACCUAUUCAAUGCAAACGACUUCCCCAUGGGUAUCAACCCCAACAUCUUCAAAUUCCGCAACCCUAAGGACAUAUACUUCAUCAUGACAAAGACCGAUAACUUGGUGGCGGACAUAAAAAACAAAUUCAAUAAAUCAGCCAUCCUGCAUGAAUAUACAAAGAAUUUUGUAAGUGACUAUUUGGGCAUCAAAUACGGGGUUCCCAAACAAAAUAUCUUUUUAUCUUCGAGCUUAAAAGGGUGGAAAUUGGAUGAGUUGCACAGAUUUAUUCCCGAUGGAAGCUAUAUAAUUGGCAACACAAACUGCGGGAAAUCCACCAUGAUCAAGAGCUUAAUGUUGAAUGAAGAAUUGCAAAAUAAAAAGGAACAAGUGAGACACGUGCCCUUCAAUACUGUGUCCAAGAUCAAGGACAAGUUUAAGCAACAAUUUUAUCAAAAAGUUGGACCUGGUGUUUCGUACCUCCCUGGCUUCACCAGAGAUAUUAUUCCAUUGAAUAUAGGGUUGAAAACCGUCUACGAUGUUCCAGGCUUCAGCUCGUCGCCAAAAAUACACUACUUGUACGAGUCUAUAAAGGAACCUAAAAUCAUACAUCGAUUAAUCAAGGGAGAAAAGACAUUUGCCAAGGGUUAUAAUGGAGCGCAGUACAAAUCAUUUAAAGGACCGCAAGUCUUGUGUUUUGAAGGGUUGGGGUACUUGCAAUUGCCCAAAGAUUGCUUGUUCCAAAUCCGUAACGUUACUAAUUUCAAGAUUCACGCAUUCUCCAAUAUUGACAAGGCUGCAAAAUUGGCUCAAAACAUCCCGCCAUCAUUGGCCAAUGAUUUUGCUAUUGGAAAUCAUUCAUUGUUUUCGCAAUUUGACAAGUAUCUUGUUCCACCAUUUUAUGGAAGUAUAGAACUUGUGUUUGAGAACUUUGGCUAUAUUCAUAUCAAGCCCAUUGGUGCAAAACAAAGUAAUGAGUUGAUGAAGCUUUAUUUGUAUCCUGGCUUGCAAAGCAUAAUUCGCCAGCCCAUCAUCAAUUAUAUUACAAAGACUCCAACUGGGUUUGACAAAUAUGGUAAUGCGUUGAUGAAGUAUGACCCUGUAUACAAGAGUGAGUUUGCAUUAAAGAGGUUCAGGGGUGGCGAAGAGUACCAGCCUCUAUUUUCGCGAUUGAUUCCGUGUGUUGAGGAUAUUGAAAAAUUUGUUGGUGGUGGUGGUGGUGGUGCAGUUGCUGCUGCUGGUGCUGCUGCUGGUGCUGCUGAAACAAACAUUGUCGAUGGAAAUGAUGCACAAGGGUUGGCCCAGAGUUUAAGGAGUCAAGAGUACCUUCAGUUGAACCAGUUUUUAAAGAGACGUGCAAAGUAUGAUGAGUCAUAUUACAUGGAUGCAAGUAAUAAAUAUGAUUUUUGGGUUGAAUAA